UUGAGACCCCAAAACUGAGAUUCCAAUUCCAUUGUCUUCUCUCACUCUCUCUCCAGACAGCAAUUCAAUUCACCUCGUGACAUGACACCCCACCCCCCCGAAAUUCACGACAUUUUCUCACUCUCCCGAAUCAAUCCCAUUAUUUCCUCACCUUAUAUAAUCAUCAUUACUUCUAUCUCUCAAUUCUCAGACCUCUCCCUCCUCUGCCACCUCUCGAGCGUCAUGUCUAGAUGAUAACGGCGUUCAUGCUCGCGACAACGAUUUCUACAUCACUCAGGACUCAAUAUAUAUUUUGCAUUUAGCAUGAUCACAUACGACCAAGAUCCGGAUGUUAUUCGCUGGGGACUUGAGCUCUUUGAUGGCGAUCCUUAUUCUAAUUUUGGAUAUUGUGGUUCCAUCUCCCAACAUAAUACGGAUUGCUAUCCGGGGCAAUAUUUGAAAGGGUAUCAGUAUGAGGCAGACUGCAAUUAUGCAGGAGACCAGAACCUUAAUGUAGACAGCCUUCACGAACAACUAUCACAGGAGCACCAAACUUCGUUUUGUUCACAGGAUUGGUUCCCGCAUUCGUUGGGGAACUACAACUAUGUUGUCGACGGAUAUAAUGGUCAACAUGAAGAAGAAACUGUUUUGGGAAUUCCGGCUUCGUGUUGUAGCCCUGGAGAUGAAUUGUACUGCGAAGAAGAGUGGUCGAGUUCACUAGAACUAAUGGAUGAGCAUGCUUUUGAUGGUGAAGUAGGCAAAAGAUUGAACCAGAUGGUCUCUAUUCCUCACAUUCCAAAAAUUAACGGUGAAAUACCCUCAGUAGAUGAAGCAACUUUAGAUCAUCAAAGGCUUCUGGACAGAUUACAGGUCUAUGAACUGGUCGAAUUCAAGGUUCAAGGAGAUGGUAACUGCCAGUUCCGAGCUCUGUCAGACCAAUUUUAUCGUACUCCUGAGCAUCACAAAUUUGUCCGGGAGCAGAUUGUAAACCAGCUUAGGUCUCUCCCAGAGAUCUACGAGGGAUAUGUGCCCAUGGCUUAUGACCAAUAUCUGAUAAAGAUGAAAAAGAAUGGGGAGUGGGGAGAUCAUGUCACGUUGCAAGCUGCUGCAGAUUCCUAUGGUAUAAAGAUAUUUGUCAUAACGUCGUUCAAGGAUACCUGUUACAUUGAGAUUCUCCCGAACAUUCAAAAGUCAGAAAGAGUUAUUUUCCUUAGCUUCUGGUCCGAGGUUCAUUACAACUCGAUAUAUCCUGCCGGAGAUUGCCCCAGGUUUCGGACGAAGAAGAAGAAGAAGAGGUGGCAGGCUGCUCAACACGAGCACGUUGAGUCACCAGAAGACUAUAACUGAUGAAUGAUAUGGCAAUAGCUAGGCACCUCAAGUUAACUUUGAUAUGGACUUAUUGGCGUUACUUGAUGACCUGAUGAUGCGGAAUAAGCAGCUCGUCUGCAGGCGAAAGAGCUUGGGGCCUCUGCUAACCGCCAACUCUAUUAUCGACUAUCUCUACCAAGGCAACAAGAGCUGAUUCUUUCUGAAUAAAAUGAAAUCUGAGAGAGUGAAAAUUUUCUCUUGAUGACCAUCUUUUAAUUUCUGUGGAUCUAUGGACCUUUAUAUUUA